AGGCUCCGUACCGGCAGGCUCACUAUUUUGCAAGGGUCCCGCUUUUCCCCGAGGCAGCACGUCGCGCGCGCGCACCCGACGCGCUCUCCCCUUGUAAACUGAGUGGUUUUGUGGGAGGGGUCAUUAUUUGGCAGGGAGCGGCAAAGGGGGAGCGGAAGGGGGGAAAGCAGUUCCUAGGUACCGACGGCGGCGUGUGGAUUCAUUGAGCUUCACCACACAGAGAGCGGGCAGACUCAAGUGUGUGAGGAAAAAGGGAGAGACCAGAGAGAAAAAGGCAAGUGAAACAGGCAUCUCCAGCCGUUUGUCGGAAUAGAAGAUCUGUCCUCGGAUAAGGAACCAUGACCACUGCAACAUCACCUAUCCUCCUGAAAUGGGAUCCUAAGAGCCUUGAAAUUAGAACUCUGACGGUGGAGAGACUACUGGAGCCUUUAGUCACACAGGUCACUACCUUGGUGAAUACGAGUAAUAAAGGCCCGUCCAGCAAAAAGAAGGGACGCUCCAAGAAGGCUCAUGUCCUGGCUGCCUCUGUGGAGCAGGCCACCCAGAAUUUUCUGGAAAAGGGUGAGCAGAUUGCCAAAGAGAGCCAGGAUCUAAAAGAAGAGCUCAUUGCUGCAGUUGAAGAUGUUCGUAAACAAGGUGAGACCAUGAGGGUGGCGUCCUCCGAGUUUGCUGAUGACCCGUGCUCCUCUGUGAAGCGUGGCACCAUGGUCCGAGCUGCCCGAGCCUUGCUGUCUGCUGUAACUCGUCUUCUGAUCCUGGCUGACAUGGCUGAUGUCAUGAGGCUGCUGGCUCACCUCAAAAUUGUGGAAGAAGCUCUUGAGGCUGUGAAAAAUGCCACCAAUGAGCAGGACCUGGCCAACCGCUUCAAGGAGUUUGGAAAGGAAAUGGUCAAACUUAAUUACGUAGCAGCCAGAAGGCAGCAGGAGUUGAAGGAUCCCCACUGCAGGGAUGAGAUGGCAGCAGCUCGAGGUGCCCUUAAGAAAAAUGCAACCAUGCUGUACACAGCAUCACAGGCCUUCCUGCGCCACCCUGACGUCGCCGCCACCCGGGCAAACCGAGACUACGUUUUCAAGCAGGUGCAGGAGGCCAUCGCCGGCAUCUCCAGCGCCGCCCAAGCCACCUCCCCCACGGACGAAAAGCACGGGCACACUGGCAUCGGAGAGCUGGCGGCCGCUCUGAACGAGUUUGACAACAAGAUAAUUUUAGAUCCACUGACCUUCAGUGAGGCCCGAUUCAGGCCAUCUCUGGAGGAACGCUUGGAGAGCAUCAUCAGCGGAGCAGCCCUGAUGGCAGACUCCUCAUGCACGCGUGAUGACCGACGGGAGAGGAUUGUGGCCGAGUGUAAUGCUGUGCGACAGGCCCUGCAGGACCUGCUAAGCGAGUACAUGAAUAAUACUGGCAGAAAAGAGAAAGGGGACCCACUCAACACUGCCAUCGAUAAGAUGACCAAAAAAACAAGGGACCUUCGAAGACAGCUGCGAAAGGCUGUGAUGGACCACAUCUCUGACUCCUUCUUAGAGACAAAUGUGCCCCUGCUUGUGCUCAUUGAGGCAGCAAAAAGUGGCAAUGAAAAGGAGGUCAAAGAGUAUGCCCAAGUCUUCCGCGAGCAUGCUAACAAGCUAGUCGAGGUGGCAAACCUGGCUUGUUCAAUUUCCAAUAAUGAAGAAGGUGUGAAGCUUGUCCGUAUGGCAGCCACCCAGAUUGAUAGCCUGUGUCCACAGGUAAUCAAUGCAGCCCUUACUUUGGCUGCUAGACCACAGAGUAAAGUGGCCCAGGACAACAUGGAUGUUUUCAAAGACCAGUGGGAGAAGCAGGUUCGUGUUCUUACCGAGGCUGUGGAUGACAUCACCUCUGUUGAUGACUUCCUGUCUGUUUCAGAAAACCACAUCCUUGAAGAUGUGAACAAGUGUGUCAUUGCUCUCCAAGAAGGGGAUGUUGACACUUUGGAUCGAACUGCUGGUGCCAUCCGUGGUCGGGCUGCCAGAGUGGUUCAUAUUAUAAAUGCUGAGAUGGAGAACUAUGAGCCAGGAGUUUAUACUGAGCGUGUUCUGGAGGCUAUCAAAUUACUCUCUGAGACCGUCAUGCCACGUUUUGCUGAACAAGUGGAGGUUGCAAUUGAAGCAUUGAGCACAAAUCCCCCGCAGCCGUUUGAAGAGAAUGAAUUCAUUGAUGCUUCCCGCUUGGUGUACGAUGGAGUUCGUGACAUCAGGAAAGCUGUUUUGAUGAUAAGGACACCAGAAGAGCUGGAGGAUGAUUCUGACUUUGAGCAAGAGGACUACGAUGCGCGUAGCAGGACAAGUGUUCAGACUGAAGAUGACCAGCUUAUUGCAGGACAGAGUGCACGGGCUAUUAUGGCUCAGCUGCCACAAGAAGAGAAAGCUAAAAUUGCGGAGCAGGUGGAAAGUUUCCGCCAGGAGAAGUGCAAGUUGGAUGCCGAAGUGGCCAAAUGGGACGACAAUGGCAACGACAUCAUUGUGCUGGCGAAACAGAUGUGCAUGAUCAUGAUGGAAAUGACAGACUUCACCAGCAGAGGCAAAGGCCCACUGAAGAAUUCCUCAGAUGUGAUUAAUGCAGCAAAGAAGAUUGCUGAAGCUGGCUCCAGGAUGGACAAACUUGCUCGCGCUGUUGCUGAUCAGUGUCCUGAUUCAGCCUGCAAGCAGGACUUGUUGGCAUACUUGCAGAGAAUUGCUCUCUAUUGCCAUCAGCUCAACAUCUGCAGCAAGGUGAAGGCUGAGGUCCAGAACCUAGGUGGAGAGCUCAUUGUAUCUGGGCUGGACAGUGCAACAUCUCUUAUCCAGGCAGCCAAGAAUCUGAUGAAUGCAGUUGUACUUACUGUCAAGGCCUCUUAUGUGGCUUCCACGAAAUACCAGAAGGUCUAUGGGACAGCUGCAGUGAACUCGCCUGUUGUGUCUUGGAGGAUGAAAGCCCCAGAGAAGAAGCCCCUAGUCAAGAGAGAGAAGCCAGAGGAGUGUCAGACACGAGUGAGACGGGGAUCCCAGAAGAAGCACAUCUCACCUGUUCAGGCUCUGAGCGAAUUUAAGGCCAUGGAUUCAUUUUAAUUCAUGUAGCACAAAGGAAUAAAUGCUUAGCACCUAAUCUUUCUUUUUUUUUUUGGUGAAAGGCAUACCUGCCAGCUCUUAUAUAUGGUGAACAUACAGUACCCCAGAUAAUUCGCAUGUUAAAGUGUCAACCCAGUAAUGCCAAGACACUUCGGGAUCAGUUACUCAGACAUUGGCAGUAAAGUCACAGAAUAACGUUAUUUUAUAGGCAAACAUUUCUGGCUUUAAAGUAAACACAGAUGAUUCAGAUAGAACCAUUUGCUAGGGUAAUGUGUUGGCAGGUAUGACAGUAUAAAAGUGGACCCCUAAUACUAAGGUUAUAAGGAUUUGUUUACUGUGAACAUGAUUAUUAUCACUAUUAUAAUAAUUAUCAUUAUUGGCAGACCAUGAGGACAAAGGUUAAACAGUCUAAUCUCAGCUUUAGAAGUUUAGAAAUAUGCAGUCAAAGAUAAAGGGAUCUACAAGGCUGUUCAGUUUCUCCCUAACCUUAUUAAUACUUUGGUUUUAAUGUUAACUGUAGUGCUAUGAAAUUCCUUAUGUUACAAAUAUAUGGAAACGUUAGCAACUGAGUCUUUUUCUUCUACCUAUUAACCCAUAUAGUGUUAUAUGAAGCACAAUAUGGUAACUGGCAUUGUCUUUUUUAUUUAUUUUAAAUUAUAUCACUAGAUAUUGCAGCCUGGUGGGACAUUGCGUAGAACUUAAUAAAUUUAAUUUAGAGAGAACAGUACGAGUAGUUGUGUGGAUUGCUUGAAAAAUAAGUGUCUAACAUGCCUUUGUAUCCACAGUUCUCAAAUAAACCCUUUAACUUGACUGUAA